AUGAAGAAAUUGUCGUCAGUCGUGUAAUAUCCAGUGGUUCGCAAUGAUAAUCAAUUGAAGGAGUGAUUCUGUGAAAAAGAUUACAAUAUAGAACGUGCAAUGGGCAAUAGCGCGUGUGAAAACGAGGGACAAGAUCAGGAUUAUGGUGUCAGUGAAAGGCGUGAAAGGGUUAAUAGGGUGCAACAGGAUGAAGUGCCAGUGCUACAACCAGUGUCUAGAUCUGCCCUUAGACUAGGUGCAGGAUCUGAUCCAAAGCCCUCAAGUGAAUCAGGACCUGGAACGACUGAACCUGACAAUGGGUCACGCAUUGACACUGAGUCAGCUCGUGGGAGGACAGAUCGUCCAAUUGGGUUCGAGGAUGCUCUCACGAAGACCACAUUUGGGAAAUUUAAUUGUUUUCUGAUCUUUGUGUGCGGUAUGAAUUUGGCUGCUGUUCUGCUUGAAACUUUAGGAAUUAGUUUUGUGAAUCCUGUGGCUCAGUGUGAUCUCGAAUUGACAAAUAGCGAUAAAGGUGUUCUCAGUGCAAUUGCCUUUGUCGGCAUGAUUAUUAGUUCACACCUUUGGGGCUUUUUGGCUGAUACUAUGGGCCGAAAAGCUGUGAUAAUGCCAUCACUGUUUGCCACAUUCAUCUCCACCGUGAUUUCCAGCUUGACCAAUAAUUUUUGGGUAUUUGCUGUAAUGCGAUUCCUGUCUGGAUUUUUUAUUUCUGGAUCUUCAGCGACUGUUUAUGCAUAUUUGGGUGAAUUUCAUAAUAUGAAAACCCGAUCACGUGCUAUAAUGGCAGCAUCGACUAUAUUUGGAUUGGGUGGAAUGCUUAUGCCGGCUGUUGCGUGGUUGGUAAUGAAUAAUACUUGGGCCUUUGAUAUUCCCUUUUUGGGCAUUACCUACAAACCCUGGCGCCUCUUUCUCGUUGUCUGCGGCCUGCCGGAUCUCUUUUGUGCUCUAUCCCUUUUAAUUCUCCCGGAGAGCCCUAAAUUCGUUUUAUCCCAGGGACGUCAGACGGACACGAUAAAAAUCCUCCAGCGAAUUUAUGGGAUCAACACGGGACAGGAUAGGGAGACACUAAAAAUUUGUGCCAUAAUUGAGGAAUAUGAAAGCCUUGCUAGUCGAAAGCACAACGAACAAAAUAUGAAAGGGAAUUUCCGUGUCCUAAAGUCUAUGUACAAUCAAACAGCACCACUUUUUAUGGGGGAACACCUGAGGAAAACAAUAAUUGCGUGUACCCUGCAGUUUGGGAUUUUUGUUAGCUCCAAUGGGAUGUACAUGUUUUUUCCGGAUAUCCUCAACAGAGUUGCAACGCACAUGGAACAAUUAGGUGGAAACUACACAGCUACUAUCUGUGAUGCAGUAAUAAAUACAAAAGUAGACAUUAGGGAAAUUCUUACAGCGAGUGAUAAUGCGACUUGCGACGUUAAACUGGAUAUUUCUGCUUUUGAGCACUCCCUUGUCUUGGAAGUUCUCUAUGCUGUUGGUUUUGUCGUAAUUGGAAUUACCAUUAAUGCCGUGGGAAAGCUCGCAAUUCUUGUCUUCGUGCUGAUGGGCUGUGGAAUUUGUGGGAUUGCCAUAGUUUUCACAACCAUCCCCCUCCUUUCGAUCUACCUCUAUGUGAUCCUACUUAUGUGUGGUCUCGCCGUGACUGUAGUUAAUGCUGCAACGGUGGAUUUGUUCCCAACACACCUCAGGGCAAUGUCUGUUUGCAUUUCCCUGAUGAUGGGACGAUUGGGAAGUGUUUUUGGGUCUAAUCUCGUAGCAGCUAUGCUGGAAUUCAAUUGUGAAGCUACUUUUCUCAUUUCCGGAAUAUCACUUAUUCUUUGUGGCGUGCUAUCUUUCUCCAUUCCUAAUGUGCAAGUAAGACCUGAUAGGCGGGUACGGGAGGAACGACUUAGUAUAUCAUCCUAUGGACGACAGUAGAUCAAAAAUUUUCCAUGCUAUAUAUCACUUUUUUUGUGCAUACAUAGCGACUACAUAUUUCGCAUUUAUUGCGUUUCUAAAACUUGGCUCGUACUGUGCCAAAAGGGGGAAUCUUCUCGACUUUUGACGGCAAAUCAAUCUAUUGGGGUCAAUUGAUUGAAAUGAGAACUUGUUGUGAACGCAGAGAAAUUUACUUUUUGCCUCUUGUUAAAAAUAGUUUUACUAUUAUUCAUUGUAAAUUAUAUCAAAGAAAAUAAAUAAUGAGAAAAAAGUA